AUGUUGGCGGCAGCAAAGGAGGAACAGCAAAUCCGGUUCGAGUCGCGUCACAAGGACACUGUCCUUGAGAGAUAUUCCGCAACCCCUCGGUGUAACAGGCAGCGGCACUCCCCAGGAUCAAACGAACCCUUCCUGCGAAGCAAGGUAGCAGAACAGCGAAAGCAAUUGGUCAAUGCAUUCAAGUGUAGAUCUGAAUAUGACUUUGUUGAGAAGAUUGUUGAAGAGGCAUUUUCCAAGUUACCGCCUAAACGCUUACAUAUUGUGGAGCACAUAGUUGGACUCGAUGCUUGCAUAAAAGAUGUGACGUCACUUCUUGAUACUGUGUCUAUUUUAGGAAUUCAUGGGACUGAAGGAGUUGGCAAAACGACACUUGCCAAGGCUGUAUAUAAUUCAGUUGUCCACCAAUUUGAAGAGGCUUGUUUUCUUGCUGACAUCAGAACAGCUCCUAAAGGGAGCAAAGGCAUGGUACGUCUUCAAAAGACGCUUCUAUCAGAGAUUCUUGAUGAGAAGAAAAAGAUCAAGUUUAGAAGUGUUGAAGAAGGGAUCUCUAAGAUAAAGCAGAGGCUAUGUCUUAGAAGGGUUCUUCUUGUUCUUGAAGACAUAGAUGAGAUGGAACAAUUAGAACAACUGGUGGGAGGUCGUCAUUGGUUUGGAAAUGGCAGUAAAGUCAUCGUGACAACAAGAAAUAAUCAAUUACUGAUUGAUGGUCAUAUAUAUUGA